UUUUUUUGGUGGAGAUGAAGGGGUGGGUCUAUGGUACAUCACCUGAGUUGUGGGGUAAAUGUAGAGAGUGUCAAUCAAAGGCAGAGCUCUCAGAGCUGGGAAGGAGGCUCUAGAUGGCGGCUGUGCCUUAGAGAGAGCGCGCUCUGCUCCCUGCCUUCGCCUCACUUUACGCAACUUUCCCUAACUUUCGGGCAGCCUCAGGGGGCCCCCGCAGCCCCCUGCCUCUCCUAGUGACUUACUGGGGUCGAUUCGAACCUUUUUUAGGGAGAAAAGCAGCUUUUAGGAGCUUUCUUUUCGUGCCUUGUUGGAAAGAAGCAGCCGUACUGAGAGCCCAGGUCGUUGUUUUUUCCAGCUUAGAAGCCAUGGCGCACCUCCAUUUUUGUGCGCUCUCCUAAUGAGGUUUUUUUUCUUCCGGACUCGUUUUAGUAUUAAUUGUUGCUUUAUUUUUUUGACCAGUUAACAUAUUUGAGGAUUAUUUUAUUUAUUUUUCGUUUUUUAACGGAGAAUUUUGUUUUUAUUUUUAAUUAUUUGGGAUCUGAUAUUUUUCUACUAGUAGAUAGGACUCUUGCUUUGGACCUACUACAUGGAUCAGUCAUUCAGCAUCUGAAGAAGCUUCGGGUUCAGACUCAGGCAGCCAGUCAGAGAGUGAGCAGGGCAGCGAUCCAGGAAGUGGACAUGGCAGCGAGUCGAACAGCAGUUCUGAAUCUUCAGAGAGUCAGUCGGAAUCUGAAAGUGAAUCAGCAGGUUCCAAAUCUCAGCCAGUCCUUCCAGAAGCCAAAGAGAAGCCAGCCUCUAAGAAGGAACGGAUAGCCGAUGUGAAGAAGAUGUGGGAAGAAUAUCCUGAUGUUUAUGGGGUUAGGCGGUCAAACCGAAGCAGACAAGAACCUUCACGAUUUAAUAUUAAGGAGGAGGCAAGUAGCGGCUCUGAGAGUGGGAGCCCAAAAAGAAGAGGCCAGAGGCAGCUGAAAAAACAAGAAAAAUGGAAACGGGAGGCCUCAGAAGAUGAACAGGAACAAGGCACCAGUGCAGAGAGUGAACCAGAGCAAAAAAAAGUGAAAGCCAGAAGACCUGUCCCCAGAAGAACAGCGCCCAAGCCUCGUGUUAAAAAGCAACCUAAGACUCAGCGUGGAAAGAGAAAAAAGCAAGAUUCCUCUGAUGAUGAUGAUGAAGAUGAUGAAGCUCCCAAAAGGCAGACUCGUCGCAGAGCGGCUAAAAAUGUUAGUUACAAAGAAGAUGAUGACUUUGAGACUGACUCAGAUGACCUCAUUGAAAUGACUGGAGAAGGAGUUGAUGAACAGCAGGAUAAUAGUGAAACUAUUGAAAAGGUCUUAGAUUCAAGGCUGGGAAAGAAAGGAGCUACUGGAGCUUCUACUACUGUAUAUGCGAUUGAAGCUAAUGGAGACCCUAGUGGUGACUUUGACACUGAAAAGGAUGAAGGCGAAGUCCAGUACCUCAUCAAGUGGAAGGGUUGGUCUUACAUCCAUAGCACGUGGGAGAGUGAAGAGUCCUUACAGCAGCAGAAAGUGAAAGGCCUAAAAAAGCUAGAGAAUUUCAAGAAGAAGGAAGAUGAAAUCAAGCAAUGGUUAGGGAAGGUUUCUCCCGAAGAUGUGGAGUAUUUUAACUGCCAGCAAGAGCUGGCCUCAGAGUUGAACAAACAGUACCAGAUAGUAGAAAGAGUGAUAGCUGUGAAGACAAGCAAAUCUACACUGGGUCAAACAGAUUUUCCAGCUCACAGUCGGAAGCCGGCCCCUUCAAAUGAACCUGAAUAUCUAUGCAAAUGGAUGGGACUACCCUAUUCAGAGUGCAGCUGGGAAGAUGAAGCCUUGAUUGGAAAGAAAUUCCAGAGCUGCAUCGACAGCUUCCAUAAUCGGAACAACUCGAAAACCAUCCCAACAAGAGAAUGCAAGGCCCUGAAGCAGAGACCACGAUUCGUGGCUUUAAAGAAACAGCCGGCAUAUUUAGGAGGGGAGAAUCUGGAGCUCCGUGAUUAUCAGCUAGAAGGUCUCAACUGGCUUGCUCAUUCCUGGUGCAAAAGUAACAGUGUAAUCCUUGCUGAUGAAAUGGGCCUAGGAAAGACCAUCCAGACCAUAUCAUUCCUCUCCUACCUGUUCCACCAACACCAGCUGUAUGGCCCCUUUCUUAUAGUCGUCCCUUUAUCCACCCUCACCUCAUGGCAGAGGGAGUUUGAAAUCUGGGCACCAGAGAUUAACGUAGUGGUUUACAUAGGUGACCUGAUGAGCAGAAAUACGAUACGGGAGUAUGAAUGGAUUCAUUCUCAGACCAAAAGGCUGAAGUUCAAUGCACUUAUAACAACAUAUGAGAUCCUCUUAAAAGAUAAGACUGUGCUGGGCAGUAUUAACUGGGCCUUUCUGGGAGUGGAUGAAGCCCAUCGGUUGAAGAAUGAUGACUCUUUGUUGUAUAAAACUCUGAUUGAUUUCAAGUCCAACCAUAGGCUCCUGAUUACGGGGACCCCUCUUCAGAAUUCCCUCAAAGAGCUCUGGUCCUUGCUGCACUUUAUUAUGCCGGAGAAGUUUGAGUUCUGGGAAGAUUUUGAAGAAGACCAUGGGAAAGGGAGAGAGAAUGGCUACCAGAGUCUUCAUAAGGUGCUAGAGCCUUUCCUUCUCCGGAGAGUUAAAAAAGAUGUGGAGAAAUCCCUUCCUGCCAAAGUGGAACAGAUUCUCAGGGUGGAGAUGUCGGCCCUUCAGAAACAGUAUUACAAAUGGAUUCUGACCAGGAAUUACAAGGCUCUUGCCAAAGGAACAAGAGGCAGCACAUCUGGGUUCCUUAAUAUUGUGAUGGAACUGAAAAAAUGCUGCAACCACUGUUACCUGAUUAAACCCCCUGAAGAAAAUGAAAGGGAGAAUGGACAGGAGAUUCUGCUGUCCCUGAUCAGGAGCAGUGGGAAGCUGAUUCUAUUAGAUAAACUGCUGACAAGACUUCGAGAAAGGGGAAACAGAGUACUUAUCUUCUCCCAAAUGGUGAGAAUGUUGGAUAUCCUGGCUGAGUACCUGACUAUUAAACACUAUCCUUUCCAGCGUCUGGAUGGUUCCAUCAAGGGAGAAAUCCGAAAACAGGCGCUGGACCACUUCAAUGCAGAUGGGUCUGAGGACUUCUGUUUCCUGCUCUCGACAAGGGCUGGUGGCCUGGGAAUCAAUUUGGCUUCAGCGGACACAGUUGUCAUCUUUGACUCUGACUGGAACCCCCAGAACGACUUGCAGGCACAAGCCCGAGCCCAUAGAAUUGGUCAGAAGAAGCAGGUAAAUAUUUACCGCUUGGUUACAAAGGGGACGGUUGAGGAGGAGAUCAUAGAACGGGCCAAAAAGAAGAUGGUAUUGGACCAUCUGGUGAUUCAGCGCAUGGAUACCACUGGUCGGACAAUCCUGGAAAACAACUCAGGAAGGUCCAACUCAAAUCCUUUUAAUAAAGAAGAGCUGACAGCUAUUUUGAAAUUUGGAGCAGAGGAUCUCUUCAAAGAACUUGAAGGGGAAGAGUCAGAGCCUCAGGAAAUGGAUAUAGAUGAAAUUUUGCGUUUAGCUGAAACGAGAGAGAAUGAAGUAUCGACAAGUGCGACAGAUGAGCUUCUAUCACAAUUUAAGGUUGCCAACUUUGCAACAAUGGAAGAUGAAGAAGAGCUGGAAGAACGUCCUCACAAGGACUGGGAUGAGAUCAUUCCAGAGGAGCAAAGGAAAAAAGUGGAGGAGGAGGAGCGGCAGAAGGAGCUGGAAGAAAUUUACAUGUUGCCUCGAAUUCGGAGUUCCACUAAAAAGGCUCAGACGAAUGACAGUGACUCUGACACUGAGUCUAAGAGACAGGCCCAGAGAUCCUCGGCCUCUGAGAGUGAGACGGAUGACUCUGAUGAUGACAAGAAGCCAAAGCGCAGAGGGCGUCCCCGAAGUGUGCGGAAGGACCUCGUAGAAGGAUUUACUGAUGCGGAGAUCCGAAGGUUCAUCAAGGCAUAUAAGAAGUUUGGUCUCCCUCUUGAACGGCUGGAGUGCAUAGCACGUGAUGCUGAGCUAGUGGAUAAGUCUGUGGCAGAUCUGAAGCGGCUGGGUGAAUUGAUUCACAACAGCUGUGUGUCAGCGAUGCAGGAAUAUGAGGAACAGCUGAAAGAAAAUGCCAGUGAGGGGAAGGGACCAGGCAAAAAGAGAGGCCCAACAAUCAAGAUAUCAGGGGUUCAGGUUAAUGUGAAAUCCAUUAUCCAGCAUGAAGAAGAGUUUGAGAUGCUGCAUAAAUCUAUCCCUGUGGACCCCGAAGAAAAAAAAAAAUACUGCUUAACCUGCCGCGUCAAAGCUGCACAUUUUGAUGUAGAAUGGGGAGUGGAGGAUGAUUCUCGCCUAUUGCUGGGAAUUUAUGAACAUGGCUAUGGAAACUGGGAGUUAAUUAAAACGGAUCCAGAGCUUAAGUUAACUGACAAAAUUCUGCCUGUGGAGACAGAUAAAAAGCCUCAGGGGAAGCAGCUGCAGACCCGAGCGGACUACUUGCUGAAGCUGCUCAGGAAGAGCCUGGAGAAGAAGGGGGCCGUGACAGGCGGGGAAGAGGCCAAAUUAAAGAAGAGGAAGCCUCGAGUAAAGAAGGAAAACAAAGCCCCCAGGCUGAAAGAUGAGCAUGGAAUUGAGUUUUCGUCUCCUAGACACUCAGAUAAUCCAUCCGAAGAGGGAGAAGUAAAGGAUGAUGGCUUAGAAAAAAGUCCCAUGAAAAAGAAACAGAAGAAGAAAGAGAACAAGGAGAACAAGGAGAAGCAGAUGAGUUCUAGGAAAGACAAAGAAGGCGACAAGGAGAGGAAGAAAUCCAAAGAGAAGAAGGAGAAGCCUAAAGGUGGUGAUGCCAAAUCUUCGAGUAAAUCAAAGCGAUCUCAGGGUCCUGUCCAUAUUACAGCAGGAAGUGAACCUGUCCCCAUUGGAGAGGAUGAGGAUGAUGAUCUGGACCAGGAGACAUUCAGCAUAUGUAAGGAGAGGAUGAGGCCUGUGAAAAAGGCACUGAAACAGCUGGACAAACCCGACAAGGGGCUGAGCGUGCAAGAACAGCUGGAGCACACGCGGAACUGCCUGCUGAAGAUCGGAGACCGCAUAGCCGAGUGCCUUAAAGCUUACUCAGACCAGGAGCACAUCAAACUGUGGAGGAGGAACCUAUGGAUUUUUGUUUCUAAGUUUACAGAAUUUGAUGCUCGAAAAUUACAUAAGUUAUACAAGAUGGCCCAUAAGAAAAGAUCUCAAGAAGAGGAGGAGCAAAAAAAGAAAGAUGACGUGACUGGUGGUAAGAAACCAUUUCGACCAGAGGCCUCGGGCUCAAGCCGGGAUUCCUUGAUGUCUCAGUCCCAUACCCCGCACACCCUUCACCCUCAGAAGCCUCAUUUGCCUGCCUCCCAUGGCCCACAGAUGCAUGGACACCCAAGAGAUAACUACAAUCACCCCAACAAGAGACACUUUAGUAAUGCAGAUCGAGGAGACUGGCAGAGGGAAAGAAAGUUCAAUUAUGGUGGUGGCAACAACAAUCCUCCGUGGGGUAGUGACAGGCACCAUCAGUAUGAGCAACACUGGUACAAGGACCACCAUUAUGGGGACCGGCGCCACAUGGACGCCCACCGUUCUGGGAGCUACCGACCCAACAACCUUUCCAGAAAGAGACCUUAUGACCAGUACAGCAGUGACCGAGACCACCGGGGACACAGAGAUUAUUAUGACAGGCACCAUCAUGACUCCAAGCGGAGGAGAUCCGAUGAAUUUAGGCCUCAAAAUUACCACCAGCAGGAUUUCCGACGAAUGUCUGAUCACCGCCCCCCCAUGGGCUACCACGGCCAGGGACCCUCAGACCAUUACCGCUCUUUCCACACAGACAAACUGGGGGAAUAUAAACAGCCCCUGCCCCCAUUGCACCCUGCAGUCUCAGAUCCUCGCUCGCCCCCUUCUCAGAAAUCUCCUCACGAUUCCAAGUCACCCCUGGAUCAUAGGUCUCCUUUGGAGAGAUCACUAGAACAGAAAAACAACCCAGAUUAUAACUGGAAUGUUCGGAAAACAUAAAGGACAGCUCAGAAAGAAGAGGAGAGCAAAGAGUCAUUAAGCACCUGGAUAUUUUUGGUCUGAUCCAACAGGAGCCAGUUACCUAGACCAGUGAGUGGAGUUUCUGGACAUGCUGCUGCUGGCAGCUCGCCGGCUGAAGGAGCACUUCAGGGAGGGGGAGGCCUUUUGGUCGGUCCAGCUUUGAUUUGGGUCACCACUCCUGCACUUUGGCACCCCAUCCCAUUCCAGCCUGGAUCUGGCCUCCCGCUUUGAUGGGUGCUAGGAGGAAGAGGUGAUUUUUUUUUUUAUGUACCAGCUUCAUGGGCCGUUUCCCUGAUGAAGGAAGAAGGCAUCUUAGAGUCAUGAAUGUCGUAUUGCCAGGGUCACUGCACCCUGGACCUCGGUGCAGUGGUCUGGGAAGGCGUGUGUGUGAAGGCUGCUGGGACCUGCUGGACAGCGUGUGAUUUGGUUCACUGUGAUGUGACGGAUGCUGCUGAUGGAGGGCGGGGCGUGGGGAUGAGGGGGUGGGGUCUUGCAUCAUAGGACUUGAAGGGGAGCAGGUACACCCCUCGAAUGUGUUCUUGGGAGAAAUGACACUCGGGCCUCAUUAUGUGACAUCCCUGGCGCGGGGAGGGGGGAUAGAGAGAGGGACACAAUGGCCCCUUCCCUACCAACACUAAUUUUCCCCACACUUUCUGCACAUUUCAAAGGUUUGGUCUCCUGACUGGGCCUCCUUUGCCUCCUGUGCCGGGGACGUAGGGUCUGUGCAGCUGCCUUCUGAGUACUGUGAGUUAGGUGCCGCUGAGGUUGGCAUGGGUCUUACUUGGUUGGGAGAGGGCUGAAUGUGGGGGCAGGGUGGGGAUAGGGAGGGGGUAGGGUGGCCCGGGAGCUGGAAUCCCUGGUGGAUUCCUGAUUCCUGUGAGGAGAAGUAAAACUACAGGGCCUAGCGAGGAGGGGGAGUGGAGGCAGGCCUGCUGACCAGCUUGUUGCGGGCAUGUGCCAGGAGUGGGUGCUGGUGCCAGUGGUGAAAGGUGUCCCAGUGUGGGGUUUGGUGGCGCCAGCAUUGGGGGAGCGCUCAGUGUUGUUUAGGGCAGCAUCUGCAGCUGCAUCGUAGUUCCUCUUGCAUGGCUUAAAGAAGUCGAUGACAGCAUCACAGGUCUCCUGACCCUCAUGUGGUGGGUUCCUGUGGUGAACAGCUUUCCGCGGCUAGUUGAAGACCAUUAGAAUUGAACUCAGUUUCUUUUAGAAUGAGAUCAAGUAAACUAUAGACCUAAGUUAAAUUUUUCCCACAAUAGGAAGCAUCCAACGACAGGGUGACUGCGCUGCAGACAGUAGAGUCAUACUAGAGUUGCAUUGCAUUGGGACUGGGGGCAAGUUGGUUGCAUCAGUUAAAGCAGGCUCCUUUCCUCCUUCUGAUUCUGGGGCCUUCCAUUUUAUCCAUUUUGAACACAGCCUGCCAGUAUUGUUAGCAUAUCCGAAGGCCUCUCUAGCUGGAGACAGAAUAACCGACUUGAACAUACAGUGUGCCUCUAAGUGUCCAGGCUCAGAGCUGGUGAAAACCCUUCUGUUGGGCAUACAGAGUGUUAAACUCCCUGAACUAACCUGUGAGGACCUCGUAAAACCAUUAUCACUUACUUGCUGGUAUCCUGGGCACCACCAUUAAUGCCUUUCCCAAAAAACUCCCCUCUAGUGAGGCGGCUGUGGUGUCAGGGCCGUUGCUGCUUGCUGCACAGCAUCCUGGGGCUGGCCAGUGCUGGGUUCCAGACGAGAGUCUGGGUCCUCACAGCUCGUGUUGGCAGCUCAGUGGGGCCGCUGCCUUCUUAUUUAUCUCCUCAUGGUACAUGGGGCUGUUCACCUGGGGCUUCUGGCACGCAUGCAGUGGGGCAAAGCCCACAGGACUGCAUGGGAGCCUCCUGGCCACAGUCCUACCCCGAGGACGUGCUAUGACUGCUGAGGGGCAGAAGGUGGGAAAUUACGUCUCUGCUUUGGCCACCACCAGUUUAGCUUCUGGCUGACAGUACUGACACUACUCCAGGCCAAAGAGGAGGGCUAGGCUGGCUGGCCAGGUGCUUGAGCGAUGGGGUGAGGGCAGGCAGGAAUGAGCCCAGCACGGCUUCCCCUGUGGAAGUCAGUACGCGUGCUCUGGGGGCGCGGUGUUUCCUUUCAGUCAGAGCAGUAACUGGAGGCCCUGCUUUUGGAAACUCAUCAAGGUUUUUUCUCUGAACUCAUUGAUAGGAGAUGUGAGUUAUUCCCAAAGAUGUCUCAUUAUGAGGAAAAAGGAACUUCCUUUUGUUCACAUUCAGGACUUUUAGUGCCAUAUAAUGUAGCAAAAGGCGAUAUCAGCCAGAUCAGUGUUAAAUUGAUUAUGAAAGUACAGUAUCCCCGUAACAGCAUCUCUUUUAGGUAUUGAAGUAUGUUUGAAGAGUGGGUUGGGAGAAAGGCAUUUCCUCAUUAAUCUAAAUCAGUAUGAAUACUGUAUGCUUCUAUCAAAACCAGAAAUUUGCACAGGUAGAAAUUCUCUCACUUGGGGAUGGGAGAAGCUGCCCCAAGAAUCUGUGAGGAAGGUAUUCCAUGGAGCGUAGCUUUGAGAGGCGUAGAUAUUGGGUAGAAAUAGCAGGGGUUGAGGAAGUGGGAGGUGGGGUAGCAUCACCUGCAAGCUGGAGAUAAGCGAGGAUUAACAUGGGGUACCACAGCCGGGAGGAGGACUCGGUGACCCCCAGGCCGGUCUCCGCUGGCUUUCAGAGCCAGCUAGAGAGGAACAGUCCGGCUCUCUGCCAAGCCCCUUCUCCCGGCCCCUGGGCUCCCUCUUCUUUUAGUCAUUCCUUACGCGCCCUUCGACGGGAAAGCAGAACGCUUCUCACAUCGCGCUGCAGACCUUCUAGCCUGAUGUCUGAAAGCUGCAUCAGGACGCGUGGCACACAUGCAGUUCAGUCGUUUAUUCACGCCGUGACACCGAAGCCGUGCAGACCAAACCCGCCGGCAGCAGGGGUGCUGGCCGGGCUGGCACCGGGGGUCUGCUGGCUGAUCUGAGAGCUGCCGUGUCGGGCAAGGAGAGCCAGGCAGAGGGUCCAGGCUGCUUUAGUCCAUCUGCGUCCCACUCGUUUGGGGACAGGUGGUUUUUCUUUAUUGUAAAAUUGUGGACUUUUAAAACCUGUUGACUAAACAGUAAUUAAUUUAUAUUUGUGAAAAAUGCCACUGUCCUAGUGAUUUCUGAUGUAAAUAAUGUUGUUUAUAUAGUAUGUAUUAAAUUUUCCUACAUUGUAAAA